UCCCGCGGCCACGGCGGCGGCGGCGGCGGAGGGGGCACGAGCUAGCGCUGCGGCGCGCGCCGAGCCAGAGCGGCCCGGGCCGGGGCGGCGGCAGCCCGAGCGCCGCGCGUACCAUGGCCUCGCAGGGCGAGCCCGGCUACCUGGCGGCGCAAUCGGACCCAGGCUCCAACAGCGAGCGCAGCACCGACUCGCCGGUGGCCGGCUCCGAGGACGAUCUGGUGGCCGCGGCGCCCCUGCACAGCCCCGAGUGGAGCGAGGAGCGCUUCCGCGUGGACAGAAAGAAACUCGAGGCCAUGCUCCAAGCUGCAGCCGAAGGAAAAGGCAGAAGUGGGGAAGACUUUUUUCAAAAGAUCAUGGAAGAAACAAACACGCAGAUUGCAUGGCCGUCCAAGUUAAAGAUUGGAGCCAAAUCCAAGAAAGAUCCCCACAUCAAAGUUUCCGGGAAGAAAGAUGAUGUGAAAGAAGCCAAAGAAAUGAUCAUGUCUGUCUUAGACACAAAAAGCAACCGCGUCACCCUGAAGAUGGACGUCUCCCACACGGAGCACUCACACGUCAUCGGCAAGGGCGGCAAUAAUAUUAAAAAGGUGAUGGAAGAGACAGGCUGCCACAUCCACUUUCCAGAUUCCAACAGGAACAACCAGGCAGAGAAGAGCAACCAGGUGUCUAUAGCAGGACAGCCAGCAGGAGUAGAAUCGGCCAGAUCGAGGAUUCGGGAGCUGCUUCCUUUGGUGCUGAUGUUCGAGUUACCGAUCGCUGGGAUUCUCCAGCCGGUCCCGGAUCCUAACGCCCCUUCCAUCCAGCGCAUCUCACAGACGUACAGCGUUUCUGUGUCGUUUAAGCAGAGGUCCCGGAUGUAUGGUGCUACUGUCAUAGUACGAGGGUCUCAGAAUAACACUAAUGCUGUGAAGGAAGGGACGGCCAUGCUCUUGGAGCACCUUGCGGGAAGCUUGGCCUCCGCCAUCCCCGUGAGCACGCAACUGGACAUUGCAGCCCAGCACCACCUCUUCAUGAUGGGCCGGAAUGGGAGCAACGUCAAACACAUCAUGCAGAGGACAGGGGCGCAGAUCCACUUUCCCGACCCUAGCAAUCCACAGAAGAAAUCCACCGUCUACCUCCAGGGCACCAUCGAGUCUGUCUGCCUGGCAAGGCAGUAUCUCAUGGGGUGUCUUCCUCUUGUGUUGAUGUUUGAUAUGAAGGAAGAAAUUGAAGUCGGCCCUCAGUUCAUUGCACAGCUGAUGGAGCAGCUGGAUGUGUUCAUCAGUAUUAAACCAAAGCCCAAACAGCCAAGCAAGUCUGUGAUUGUGAAAAGUGUUGAGCGAAAUGCCUUAAAUAUGUAUGAAGCAAGGAAAUGUCUCCUCGGACUUGAAAGCAGUGGGGUUUCCAUAGCAACCAGUCUAUCCCCAGCAUCGUGCCCUGCCGGCCUGGCAUGUCCCAGCCUGGAUAUCUUAGCUUCGGCAGGCCUUGGACUCACUGGACUAGGUCUGCUGGGGCCCACCACCUUGUCGCUCAACACUUCAACCACCCCAAACUCACUCCUGAACGCUCUCAACAGUUCAGUCAGUCCUUUGCAAAGUUCAAGUUCUGGUACCCCGAGCCCGACAUUGUGGGCUCCCCCAAUCGCUAACACUGCAAGUGCCACAGGCUUCUCUGCUAUGCCACACCUUGUGAUCCCAUCGACAGCCCAGGCCACCCUAACUAAUAUCUUGCUGUCUGGAGUGCCUGCCUACGGGCACACAGCCCCGUCUCCCCCUCCUGGCUUGACUCCUGUUGAUGUCCAUCUCAACAGCAUGCAGACGGAAGGCAAAAACAUCUCCGCAUCCAUGAACGGACAUGUACAGCCCCCAAACAUGAAAUACGGUACACUGUCUACUUCAUCGCUUGGAGAAAAAGUGCUGAGUGCAAAUCAUGGUGAUCCAUCCAUGCAGACAGCUGGGCCGGAACAGGCUUCUCCGAAGUCAAGCUCUGUGGAAGGCUGCAAUGAUGCCUUUGUUGAGGUGGGCAUGCCUCGAAGCCCUUCCCAUUCCGGGAAUGCUGGCGACUUGAAGCAGAUGCUGGGUCCCUCCAAGGUCUCCUGUGCCAAGCGACAGACGGUCGAGCUACUGCAGGGCACGAAGAACUCGCACCUGCACAGCACUGACAGAUUGCUCUCAGACCCCGAGCUGAGCGCCACAGAAAGUCCUCGCGCUGACAAGAAGGCUCCAGGGAGCGAGCGCGCAGCAGAGCGGGCAGCGGCUGCCCAGCAGACGGAAAGGGCUCGCCUGGCCUCGCAGCCACCGUAUGUCCACAUGCAGGUAAUGCAGGCAUUUGACUACGAGCAGAAGAAACUGUUAGCCACCAAAGCAAUGUUAAAGAAGCCAGUGGUGACUGAGGUCAGAACUCCUACAAAUACCUGGAGUGGCCUGGGGUUCUCAAAGUCCAUGCCGGCAGAAACCAUUAAGGAGCUGAGAAGAGCGAACCAUGUGUCCUAUAAGCCCACAAUGACGACCGCCUACGAGGGCUCCUCUCUGUCCCUCUCGAGGUCCAGCAGCCGUGAGCACCUGGCAAGUGGAAGCGAAUCGGACAACUGGAGAGACCGAAAUGGAAUAGGACCCAUGGGGCACAGCGAAUUCGCGGCACCGAUUGGCAGCCCCAAGCGCAAACAGAACAAAUCGAGAGAGCACUAUCUCAGCAGCAGCAACUACAUGGACUGUAUCUCCUCGCUGACCGGAAGCAAUGGCUGCAACCUGAGCAGCUGCUUCAGGGGCUCCGACCUCCCCGAGCUGUUCAGCAAGCUGGGCCUGGGCAAAUACACAGAUGUCUUCCAGCAGCAAGAGAUUGAUCUUCAGACAUUCCUCACGCUCACAGACCAGGAUCUGAAGGAGCUGGGAAUUACGACCUUUGGUGCCCGGAGGAAAAUGCUGCUGGCAAUCUCAGAGCUGAGUAAAAACCGAAGAAAACUUUUUGAACCACCAAAUGCAUGCACCUCCUUCCUGGAAGGCGGAGCCAGUGGGAGGCUACCCCGCCAGUACCACUCAGAUAUUGCCAGUGUCAGUGGCCGUUGGUAGCGGUACCUUCUGGACACAUACCUGCUAUCCGCAAAGGUGGGCAUGAUCUGUGGACAGUAUUCACUGCACCCAUCCGUCCUUGGCACCCUGAGUGUCUGGUAUCAGGACCAAAGCAUUGAAUUCGCACCUGUACUUCAUGGCAAAAAAAAGAAUGCAAGAGAAGUGUCUCGAGUUCUCAUGUUGCCAUAAAGCACCAAAGGGAGAAUGCUUUUUAAGCUGGCAAUUGGACAGAAUUUGCAAAAAGAGGGUAGGGCUUUGUUUCUUUCUAUUUACCUAUAUUACAUAUGCACUGAUUUUUUUUUUUUUUUUUUUUUUUUGUACCUAAAAUGAAGGAGAAUUUGAUAUCUGGGAUGCCAGUUACUUUGUUUGCUUGAACUGUCUUGGUGUUUGGGGAUUUGAAAAAAAAUAAUCAAAGUAUAAUUUUCUGCUUUAAAAGAAUGACUGAGGUCUUCCAGCACUUUACAUGGCCUAGUAGCUCGUCCUGUGGAAUCUGCUUCUCAUCUUUAUGUUUCUGGGAUUGGUACACUUUUUUUUUCUGGCUCCAUCAAAUGUUUAUUUGAAAUGGUACUGGACUUUAAUUGGUUCCUGGGCAGAAUUUUCUGUGCUGUUGGGAAUUGUGGGCCACUUGGCUCUGGACCAAAUUCUGUUCAUUUGUGUCAGCAUCUUAUGAGCCCUUGGCCAUGACUGCAGUCCACUGGCCAGGUACAAAAGACAGACCAAAUGGACUUUGCAAUACUAGCUCUUUGCAGUUGUCAGAGUUAGCUGCUGUCUGUAUUGCAACGGUGAUCUUAAUGGUUGUCUAAAGGCCAAGGGGCUGGUCUUUUAGUAUACUGCCACUAAAGGACAUUUAUUUAUAUCAAACUUUUUAUUUCUAGAUAUUAUAAGCAUACAGUAGAUAACUGAUGAAAUUGAUAUUUUCUAGAGAUUUAUGGAAGAGAAUGAGUUGCAUUCAUAACUGGAGCCCAGGUUGUCACUUUAUUUAAAAAGACAAGUAACCAUUUGACGAGACAGCAGUGCUGCCAUUAUGAAGAGGCCCCCUCCUUACCCAGUAGCUCCACCCACUGUGGGUCAUGGGACUUUGCCUAAAGUGCCUUCUUCAGUUUGAAGUCCUCAACUCCGAUCAGUGGGGAACAGAGAAAGGGCGCCAGGGACAGCUUAUCCAAGUGCUGAAUUCUGAAAGGGGAGAAAACUGUUUUCUAAAUGGCCGGAUUUAUUGUUACAAUCUUAUACUGUGAAAGUCCAAGGGAACAGAUGGUGUUAUUUUCUAUGUUUGCAGACACGUGGAGGUUUUCAGUCCAAUGAAGAAAACCACUCGAGUGCCUUUCUCUAUUCAGAGCGAUAUUCUUACCAAGUUUAUACUUUUUUUUUUAAACUCCCCCAUAGGGCAUGUUGUCAGUUACCUUUAGUAAUGUGUUCAUGCUUAGUAUGUUAAGGCUCUCCGUGUGACCUAGACCACUCCCACCUGAUCUCCAUAGAGGCGCUGGAGGAAGGCACACAAAGCUGGGCAUCUAUGCAAAUGCCAGGUUAAAAAAAAAAUACUUGCCUAAUGCCCUCCAGGCUAAUUCCGAUCACUAAAGAGUUGAAGGACUUUUUAUCCAUAGAAAGGUUUUCACUUUGAAAACUUUUGGCUACCUGGAGGCAUAGAUGAUGACAGCGAGCUUGGCACAGCAGUAAUAUCCACCUGGUGUCAGUCUCAGACCAACCGCUUCAGGGUACAGACCUGAAUCACUCCCUGUGCAAGUCGAGCAUGGCCAUCCUGUGCCCGUGUGCUCAGGUGACCACCCUAGGCUUAUCGUCACAUACCCAGUGGACCAUCUUGAUGGACUAUUCAGUUCUCUAAAUUUUGGUAUUUCUUUAAUUAAAAAAAAAAUGCUCAUUGGGAGUUUAUUGUGGACUCUGCCAUGCAUUUGCUAGAGGAAGGAGAGGAACCAAUAUUCAAUAUUAAGCUAGUUUAGGCUGUAUGUGUAGUGCUCUGAUUUUACACCAAAGGGAAACUGUCCACUUCAACCCAAUUAAAAAGGGAGGCUAAGAAAGAAAAACAAUAAUUAAAAACACUGGAAGGUUUUUCUCCCUUUUUCCUGGUGCAGAGGAGGGAACAUGACACCGGAGCCUGCAGACACGUUGGUGUUCUGCCAUGCACAGAGUAUUUGGGUUGUUCGGAGCCAUGUUAACUUGGCCUUACUCAUGACUGGUAAUCUGUAAAUAUGGAGCAGAGACAGAUUGUAUUUUGUGGGGGAUUCUUGUCCUUUUAUCCCUUUUUUAAAAAACACAAGAGACGGGAUUAACAUUAAAAGUGGGGAUUUGUUUUCUAAACUAAUCGUUACAUGAGAAAUAAAUUUAUAUAACCCCUUUGUAUUGCUUUCUA